GUAAGCGUCGACGAGAAAACGGCGUGAUGUCGUUCUCGCUGUGAAUAUGAAAUGUGCAAAGUCAUACCUCAUCAAUAUGAAUGUGACGGUCUGCGUCCAGAACAGCAGCACAAGCAGAAAUUACACCCUGCUUUCAUCACUGGAUGUGAGCGUUUGUGUGUGCCUCUAUCUGUGUGUCUGUUUCACAGAACGAAACCCUAAAAGGUGUGAGGCGGCACGCCGUUGUGUAUUUGUGUGUGUGUGUGUUGCAGGGAGGGAGAUAAAGGAAAAAUAUGACUCUGCACUAGUCAGCUCUAAUUCCGCGGUGUGUCCCGGGUGUGUUAAUCUGCCGACGUCGUCAUCUUCCUCACACACAUCUGAGGCAGGAGGUUGAUUGCUGCUGCUCCGCCAGGGCUGUGGUGCAGUGAUUCCCCCUUUCUGACGGGAAAUGAGAGACAGAAAGAGGGAGAAAGAAAAAGGGAGGUCCGUGUGUUUGGGAGAGAAAGAGAGAGAGGGAAAUGUCACUGCAGCAAAAAAAAAAAAAAAAAACAGCGGAGAUGCGUGAAAUGCAAUGAAAGAAAGAGAUGAAGGAAUGCAGAUGUGAAAAAGAGGUUGGAGAAAGGGGGAGGGGGGGUUAUACAGGAACAUUAGGAGAGGUGUUGCUGGGAUGGGAAGGAGGUGUAGAAAGAAAACAAAGGGAAAAGGGGCCAUAGGGAGGACUUUUCCCGCUUCAUAGGUGUACAUGUUUGUUUGCCGCGUCAUAUUGGAGAGAGUUUCUAUUAGAGAGAGAGAGAGGGAGGGAGAGGGAGAGAGAGAGAGAGAAGGGUGGGAGCGUGGGCGCCGAGCAAGUGAGGGAGAGAGAGAGAGAGAGAGAGAGCGUCGUAAAUCACAGCACAUCGGCUGGGGGGGACGCGAGGGAAAGUUGUGGUCGGGAUCUGCUCCGGUUUUGUGUCUCCCUCCUCUGCGGCGUUUCCCUGCUCCCUGGCGAGGAUGGAGUGGAACGAGGUGGAUCUGGUGCAGGAGUUCACUGUCGAAGGACAAUGCAGCAAAAUUAAAGUCCGCUCCUGCAGGAUCACAUGGGACAGCCUGCAGGUUCCCCGUGUGGAGCUGACCCUCUCUGAGCUCCAGGAAAUGGCCACAAGACAACAGCAACAAAUAGAGGCUCAGCAACAGAUGUUGGUCGCCAAGGAGCAGAGACUGAGGUACCUUCACCAGGGAGGCAGAUUGAACCAGGCACAGACCCAGUCCGAAGCUGAGAAGCUGCAGCGGCUGAAGGAGCGGGUGGAGACUCAGGAAGCCAAGCUGAAGAAGAUCCGAGCCAUGAGAGGACAAGUGGACUACAGCAAACUGAUCAACGGAAACCUGUCUGCAGAGAUCAACCAUGUGAGCAGCCUGUUCCAGGAGAAGCAGGCCGAGCUGCAGUCCGCCGUGGUCAGAGUCGACCAGUUGACGCAGCAGCUGGAGGAUCUGAGGAGAGGUCGCCUUCAGCUGCACCCCACUGCGCCGGCUCAGGGGCCGCACGCCGGCUCUCAGGGGGCGACCGCCGGCCAGAAGGGAUCCCACCUGUCCGGCCCCGCGGCCGUGGAGCUGAGGAAACUCUACCAAGAGCUGCAAGCUCGCAACCGCCACAACCUGGAGCAGAGCAGCAAGCUGGCCCAGAACAAGGAGCUGCUGAACAAGAGGAACGCCCAGGUGACGGUGAUGGAUCAGCGCAUCGGCGACCUGAGGGAGCGACUUCACAAGAAGAGGGCCGAACUGAGCCGCAUGAACGGAGGAGGCGUGUCCUCGCCUCAGGCCCCUGCCCACCCGGGCGCUGCGGUUUCGGGGCGAGUGGCGGCCGUCUGCCCCUACAUCCAGGUGCCGGCCGAGGGGAGGCAGGAGGCGGGCUACGCCCUGCCGACGGACCCGCCGCCCAAACCCACGCCGCUCGGCCACGUCCGCUCCCUCUCAGAAGAGGACAGGAGUGGCGGCAGGAAGCCUCCCGGCCAAUGGAAAGAGUCAGAUUUAGACAUCGUCCUGUCCAAGCCCCCUGAGACGUGGGAGGGUCCUCGGCCCCCGCAGGGGGGAGACAGUAACAACACUAACGAAGCGUCGUGGCCGAGCAUCAGUAAGAACGCGUCGGAUUGGAGGACCAACGGCCCCGAACAGGUACGGAUUCCGUCUCUACACCGAACACGGGGAGAGACUACUGAGAGCCUUCAUGAAAACAACGACCUUUCCUCUGGUUACGGAACGUUCCCCAGUGCCACCCACCAGGCAGCAGGGCAUCAGUGCGCCACCAGCUCCCUGCCCCGCUCCGCCCCCGGGACACUGGGCUGGCCCCGAUCCAAUGCUGCAAACACCCCUUCGUCCUCCUCCUCCUCCUCUUUACAAGAAAUACACCAACGCGCCUCCAUCUCUCCGAGUCCAAUUCAAGGCUCCGCCUCCCAGCUGUCUCCCUUGUCCCCGCAAACAGAGCGAACGGAUCCCCCUCCGGCGGUGGCUGUACGCCCUUAUGUCCCGGACCACCCUUCCAGACCCCAGUCCCCCAGGAAGGGCCCCGCCACUAUGAACAGCAGCUCCAUCUACAGCAUGUACCUCCAGCAGCCUCAGGCCAAAAGCUACGGCUCCCUCAGCAACCGGACUACUGUCAAAGCAGUCUACGGUAAACCCAUCCUCCCCACCCACUCCGCCUCUCCGUCCCCCGUCCCUUUCCUCCAGGGGGGAGGAGGAGGGGGAGGAAGAGCGGGGAGAGAGGAAUUGACGGAUAAAGAAGGGGGGAAGGGCGGAGGCGAGAGCGGCGACGGUCAAAUCCUCCCACCUCCCACCGUGGACAACAUCCCUCGCCCCCUCAGUCCCACUAAGCUCACCCCAGUAGCCCACUCGCAGCUCCGUUACCAGAGCGACGCUGACCUGGACGUGCUGCGCCGUCGCCUCAGCAACGCUCCGCGGCCCCUGAAGAAACGGAGCUCGAUCACGGAGCCCGAGGGCCCACAAGGGCCCAACAUCCAAAAACUGCUGUACCAAAGGUUCAACACAUUGGCCGGAGGCAUGGAAGGAGGCUCAGGCAAUACUUUCUACCAGCCCGACUGCAUUUUGGGCGAAAUGGACAACUUCCAUUCCGCCAAUGGAAAUGCAGAAGCUUGUGACAAGCACGUCGCUACGGGAGCCACGGAGAGCGAGGCUCGAAACUCGGGCUCCCGCCGCUCGUCCCCUCCCGUUGCUACGGAAACACCCAAAGAAGCGGCGGUAAAAGCAGACAACGGCAUUAGUGUGUCCCCGCCCGCCCAAACCGGGCCUCCGCAAGCACCUGAGAGGCCAGAGGACCAGAAAAAUAACAACAAAAGAGGAUCCAGUCCUGCACAAAACUCUGCAGGCCCCGCCUCCCCCUCCCCUUCUCCUCCUGCCCCCCCUUCUCUGCCCAAGGUGAAGCGAACGAACCUGAAGAAGCCGUCGUCGGAGCGAACGGGCCACGGCCUGAGAGUGAAGUUCAACCCGCUGGCUCUGCUGCUGGACGCGUCGUUGGAGGGAGAGUUUGAUCUGGUGCAAAGGAUUAUAUACGAGGUGGAAAAUCCCAGCAUGCCCAACGACGAAGGCAUCACUCCUCUUCAUAACGCCGUCUGCGCCGGCCAUCACCACAUCGUCAAAUUCCUGCUGGACUUCGGAGUCAAUGUAAAUGCGGCCGACAGCGACGGAUGGACUCCUCUGCACUGCGCGGCGUCGUGCAACAGCGUCCACCUCUGUAAGAUGCUGGUGGAGUCGGGCGCCGCCAUUUUCGCCACAACGAUCAGCGACGUGGAGACGGCGGCGGACAAGUGUGAAGAGAUGGAGGAGGGCUACGCGCAGUGUUCUCAGUUCCUCUACGGCGUCCAAGAAAAGAUGGGUGUGAUGAACAAAGGCCGGGUCUACGCUCUCUGGGACUACACGGGCCAGCAGGCCGACGAGCUGUCCUUCGGCGAGGGCGACGCCCUCAGCGUGCUGCGCCGGCGUGACGACACUGAGACGGAGUGGUGGUGGGCGCGACUUAGCGACCGCGAGGGAUACGUACCCAGGAACCUGCUGGGGCUGUAUCCAAGGAUCAAACCCAGACAACGCUCACUGGCUUAAAGCCCAGACCAGGAGCCACGUGCACGCUCGCAGGGGGCGCACGCACACCGAGCAGAGGAGGCACGGCGGCAUGUGGGCGUGAGGCAUCGGCCGAGGAGGACAGGACAGAGGGUGGAGGUAGUCGGGAGGCGGAGCCGGAGCUCACCACCCUAAUGAAGCGCAGCGUUUCCUGUUUGUUUGGAUGCUGCAACAUCAACGGAGACACUUUAUGGUAGAAUCACAAUAUAUUUUCACUGAGCUGCAGCAGUAAAAAGAAAUUUGCGUCGAUCUCAUUUGCAGCAACGGUAGUUUGGCAACUUCACACGACUUCAGCCGCAUGAGAGGAGCUGAGUAGAAAAAGAAGAAGAAAAAACAUCUAUUGCUCGGAUGCAGCUUCGUGCUCUUUGAGCUCAGAACACGACGACAUGAGUUUGGAUUCCUCAAGGCUCCGUCCGACAUUCAUCUCAAUAAUGCCACUUUAUUUUUGUACGGUGUUAAUUUGAAACGUAGUAUGUUGUUACGGAACCACUUUCCCACUGUGCUGAGAAGAUUUAAAUGCAGUGCAGUAACUGGAUCAGCAGAAUGUGUGUGUGUGUGUGUGAGGUGUGAAGAACGGGAGAGGAAAGUGAGGGGAUGGAAACUCUGACGGUGUGUUCAAGGAAGUCUGUGUUUUCAGGUUUUUUUAACAGAGCGGCGUUUCGAGAACGAUGAUAAUGAUGCAACCCCGUGUCCAAGAAACAAAAUCCAGCCAGCUUUUGAUGCAUGGCGGCUCAGGUCCACGUCAACCCACGCAAGCACGAACAGAUGUUGACAAUAUUAAUAUCAUGGCAUGGUAAAGAGAAAAAAAAAAGUUUUUGUUUGAACUGACAUCAGAAGAGUAUUUUGAUUCAGUCUUUUUAAAAUGUUCCACAUGUGAAUGGUUUAGGUCUGAACCGUCUACUACUAGUAUGUAUUUAUGGCGCUGCAUGCUGUCAUCUGUUCAACAUGGUUGCUGCUGGUAGGAGAGGGGGGGGGGGUCGGAGGAAUGAACGGAAACAAGAAAGUGAGAAAUGUGUUUGUGAAAUGAAAUUGCGAAACCAAAGCAGCUACAAGGUGGAGAGGAGGAGGAAUGGAGUAUCAAUAUUAUCCUCGUGUUUUCUACAGCCUCUGGGGUAACAAUAACAAUAUUAUAAGACAAGCAAAUUUUGAACAUAUGAAGUGUGAAAACAUCUUUUCAUCACAAACCUUGCUAAUUGAUGAAAUGUAUUAAUCCCCAGAUUGGUUUCUUUCUGUCAGUGGUGACGUCACUCACUGCUGCCGCCCGGUGGUGAGGAGGAGGUUCUGACACUUUCCCUUUGACACGCUGUGUAAAAUAUGAGGCAAUAGGUUGAGUGACGUUUGGAGUGUGAAUGGCACAUCGGUGUGAAGAGUGCAAACCAAAUUCAUUUGGUGUAGAAGCAACCUGUAACUGUUCAGUUAAUGUAUAUAAUAAUAAUAACGAUGACAAUAAAGAUAUUUUAAUCCCU